UACUGUAAAAGGUGUACCCAAGGUAUAUAAAGAAUCACGUUCCUCUGCGUGACCAGACCAGUUUUCAUCAUGAAGGCCCUAGUGUGUGCUUUUAUUGUGGUGCUCCUCUGCAGCGCAUCAGUGCACUCGCUGAAAUGCUACACCUGUGUGGACGGGGACUGCAAGACCCCAACUGAAUGCCCAACCUCAAGCAAUUUCUGCAAAACGGUUGCAACAGCCACUGAGUUCUCCAGGACAUGCGAGGAGUUCUGUGUGCCUGGAGUGAAUACCUACUGCUGCACUUCUGAUCUGUGUGACUGAUCUCUCAAUGUCACCAAUCCUGUUGAUCUACUGUCCUUGAGUCAGGCACUAAUGCUCAUUGAAAUUGUGUAGUAGCACUGGGUUACUGUAGGUUUUUCUUUUUCUAAUUCCUUUUCCAUCUGAUUCAACAUGGAUUGUUUUACAUAUCACUGCUUAAAUUAAUUUCUAAUUAGCAUGAUUUCUGUCCCAGCUCUGUAUGAUUUGAUUUAUGAAUGAAAUAAAAUCUACUCAGUAAACCGCUG